UGGACUGUAAUUCUGUGAUGAAUGAUGCGUGCUCGAUUUCUUCGGUCUGAAUCGGUGAUCAGCUCGUCUGUCCUGUUAGCACGUGUGAUUCUAGCAGCAGCAUUUAUUUUUUAUUUUUUUGGAUCCUGUGUGUUUUGAACUAUGGAACAUGUGUUGGACUCCCGGAUCCCAUCAAAGGAAAGCGCUCUGUUGGGAGUUGAGUCUUCAAAUAGUACGAAAGCGGAGGCUUUCACCCAAGCGUUCCUGAAAAAUAGCUUUCCCCAAAUGAAAGAUGAAGCUAUUGAGACGAUGAUGUUGCACAAGGCGGUAGUACUGGAAUUUAAAAGACCGAAAAAGAAGGGAAAGAAAAGAAAGGCCAAGGGACUGAAUGCCAAAGAAAGAAGACGGCUAAAAAUAUUCCAGCUCAAACCUGAACAUCAAAAAUAUGAACUCUUCUUGCCUCUACAUGAGCUAUGGAAACAGUACAUUGAGGACCUAUGCAAUGGAUUGAAACCAGGAAGCAACCCACAGAUGAUCCAGCAGAAGCUCUUGAAAGCUGAUUUCCAUGGUGCAAUCUUAACAGUUGUCAGAUCAAAAUGCCCCUCGUAUGUGGGUCUCACUGGCAUCUUGGUACAGGAAAUGAAGCACAUCUUCAAAAUCAUCACAAAAGAGGACAAACUAAAAGUAAUACCGAAGAGGAAUAGUGUGUUCAGUGUGGAAAUUGGUGAUUUUGUAACUCACAUCUAUGGAAGCACAUUUGAACUGCGCUCCAGUGAGCGGUCAGCAAAGAAAUUCAAAGUAAAAGGAACUAUUGACUUGUAAUGGAAAGUCUUAAACAUUGUGUCAUUUAUUUUUAACUGUGGGCUGACACUGGAGCCUGGAAGAUUAUAAAGAACUGAUGCUCAAUCA